CAACUUUCUUAUUUACUUCACCAGGUCUCGGGGACUGUCAAGAUUGGCCAGCCUGCGGCGUUUAUAAAUACCGACAAUUUCAAGAUGUAGAUGUAACGCACUGUCUCACUAGUGAUCCUAAUGUCCAGCCUUGCGUUAAAGAUCAAUUGCAUCCUUGCGUUUGUGAUGGUUGUGAGGACCGGCAGAACGAUAAUUUUCAUUGUAAUGAGUGUGGAUGCAUAUAUUGGUGUGACUCAUAG